GCAAACAUGUAUCAGUAGCUGUAAUGCAAAGAGGGAUACAAGUCGCGUCAACACAGUCCGUAGGAAACAAGGUAGCGGCAAGUUGUCAAGAUACCACCGAUCACAACGGAACGCGCUUUUGCUGGCGGGAGUUUACCGCUGAGGCAUCGGAUGGAUGAUGAGGAGGAGGACAUGUCACGGCCUAUCUCGCAGCUCUGGGGAACCCCCUUUAUGGACGUCAAAUACGAAGAACGUGUUACACAGAUUGCGGCUGGACAGGCCAUGGCUGCUAUCACGACGAACAGCCAUAACAACAACAGCAUCGGCAUCAACUCACUGCCCUGCGGCAUGCAUCGGCAGCCUCGCAUACCCUUUCACGGCAACGCUGGAUUACGCUCACAUUUCCCCGCUCAGUUUGAGCCCAUGGAGGACCGGGGAGAGAGACAAAUUGAAGAGGAGGAGGGCAGAGGGGAGGAAGAUGACAGGAUGGCAGAGAGACCCGAGGAGCAGGCAGGGGUGAGCGUCGAGGCGCAAAUUGGUCGUAAACUUCGGGAGAUCGGAGACAAGUUCCACCAGGAUCACGUUGAACUGUUCAUGAGGGGUCAGAGACAGAACCUGCCUGCCUGGAUGCGCCUUACGAUGGCCCUGUUUGGCUUUCUGUUUCCACGAGAGGCUCUCUUCCCCCGCCUGAGAGGAGCGCAGAGAUGAAGGAGCUUCUUUUCCCCCUCCUUAUAGGGACAAGGGACCAGACUUUUAAAGAGAUGGCACUGUAAGAUGAAACACGGGUUUGGAUUUUGUUUUCUUAUUGAUCACGAAGAUGAGAUGAAGAAAACACUCGUCACCGCUGGACGGAGACUGACAAUUUUUUUUUUUUUUCUCGCCUCUCUGAGAAGAAGCCAUUGCGUUUGAAGAGAUAUUUUCGAAAUGUUUGUAAGAUUACCUAUUUUGUACAGUAAACUGCUCUUUUUAUUUGGUAUUUCAAGUCUUGAAGGACCUCCAUCAGUCCAGGGAAUGCCUUAUUCUCUCCUGCCACAGUACAACUCUUUUGCAACGAGGAAAUCAGUGAAAAACUCCUUUUUAAGAUUAGGCCACUUUUUUUGGCGUCAAACUGGACGUGGACAUGUCUGUGCUGAAGUUACUGACUUUAAACCUUGAGGACUCGAGGCAAAUUUCUAAUUUAUUCUCAGAAAAACAAUAAGCCCUGUACUUAUCCUUUACUGUUUCACACUGGCUCAUUUCUGAAUGGUUUUCAUGACAUUGUGACGGUGCCAGAUUCCACUUUAGACAUAGUGACAUCAUCAAGUCUCAUCCAUCAGCCUCUCCAUCUCUAGUUCCACUCAUGCUGUUAGAAGUGGCCUAAAGACCCACUGUGCAGAUUCAGAUCCUGUUGAUUUAAAGGAGAAACACAUAUAUACUUGAAUGUAGGUUUACUGAAGGUAUUUUAGUCGAAUAAUACCCGACAUAAUCGUGAUUACUCUUUGAAUUUGUGAUCAUGUGUCUGUAGGAGUGCGUGCUUACUGUUUCCAAAAUCUGAAGUCAUUUUGAAACCAAAUAAGCACAAACAAAUCUCCUUUGUGGGAUCACAAUCAGGGAACUGGAAAAACAAUCACACAGCUGAAAAGCUUUGGAGAGAUUUCAUCGUUUUCUAAAGCUUUUCAGUUUUUCUUUCUCUGGCUGGAGUGACAAUCGCAAUUUAGCCCUUUGCUGCAUUGGGUGGGAGACUUGUGGGAGAGAUGACAUUUAUCAGCAUUUCUAUGGACGAGCAAUAUUCAAGCCAGUGGAAGGAAAGGAAAAUCUUAGGGAUCUGUUGCAUUUGCAAUCAAACUGAGAUUACACCUCUUUCAAAUGUCUUUGUUACAGAAAGAUUUUGGGUCGAAGUUACAGAGAUGCAUUUUUAUUUUAUUUCGCUCCAGGUGGAAGUGUUUCGAGCACUGAUUCAAUCCCGAUGUGCUGAUACAUGUUACGUAUCGACCUUUCAUUCAAGUGCUUUCUUUCACCAAACUGCCAGUGGUAUAUCCAGCUUCACCGAGAACUUAGUAAGAACAGCUCCUGUACAGUUCAGAAAAACAUUUUUACUCGCAUACACAGACACAUUUUAAGAGAAGGUUUAUACACCCUUUUUGCAACGACACAGCCACUGUUUAAAGUAAGGUUUAUUAAGUCUUUAAAGACUUUAAAUAAGAUUUAAAAAUGUCGUCAUUGGAUGUAUUAUUUCAGUCUGCUGUAGAUUCAUGAUAUUAACUUUUGAAGACACUGAUGGGUUUUUUGUUUUUUUCUUCAGGGAGUAGUUAAGGACCAUGUUAAUUACCUGAUGCUUACUAUGAGUUGCAAAUAAUCUGCCUUUGAGUUAGAAUAAAUUAUAUUUCAUUGGACUUUUUAUGUUAUCCAAAGUACAUUCUCUCGACAUCAACAGAUGUAGAGGUUACGACUGGAGUAGCUAAACCAAAAUGUUGUUUCCUGCAAACAAUGAACGCUGAGCCAAUUCACGCCAUGUUUAACUACUCCCUGUCCUUAAUGAGAACAGGUUUCAUUUUGUUUUGGUUUCUUUUUGGAUAAUUUAUUCUAAUUUAUUUUGUGUAUAUUUGCUCAGUUCUACUGUAUAGAUGCUAUCUCAGUGUGUACAGUCCUUUUCUUCUCAUUGUUGAUGCGCAUUCAGUUGUGUGUUUGAUGCCUGUGUAUGGGGAGGUUGGACUAAAAGCCAUGUGCCUCGUGAGUUCUCACUCUAACGGUGUGAGUCUUUACAAAUCACGUGAAACAGCAGACAAUCAAAUGUACAAAAAUGUGCCUUGUGAGUAACAGACCUACCACAUCAUCAUCAACACUUGGCAUCAUUAUUCAAAGUCACUUGCCACAGCCCUUGUUUCACUUGGGCUCUGUGAGAACAACAUGCUACCAUACUAAAUGACAUGACACAAACAGUAUGUCGUGUUCGUUGUGCCUUGAUACACAAAAGAUCUGUUUCACGAGGCACAGGCUCAACCUUUGACGUCUCUCAGCACAAACGGCGAGUUUAACCGCGCUUCUCAAUAUCAGAAAUGACUGUUUGCAAUCAAUGUGCACUGUAAAAACUGUAUUUUUUGCGCCUCUCUCUUUCUACUCCUGUGCUGAACUUCCCCUCUAGAAACUCUGUAAUAUGCUGGAUCUGCCUAGCUCGCCUGGGUUCUUGUACUUUAUUAUCUACAAUCUAGUAGGGCUGUGGGUUUACAUUUGAAGGAGGAAUGAGUCACCAUGGUGCCCAGUAUUAUUUGUAUGUGAGCUGGGUUGAACAGCCACUCAGUCGGUUACCAACCACUGUUGCAACCCUGACUCAAGUGAAACAUUUUGUUAUUCGUUCAACCUUCAGUGUCUUUAAUAUCAAAUUUCUUCGAUUCCAUUUUUUUAAGUGCAUCUUUUCUGUCAAGUGCUGUGAUUUGGUGUUUUUUUUAUACAUUUGACAUGAAUUUGAAACAGCUAUUGUGGCUAUCUUUAUAAAACAUUUUUAACAAUUGUUUUCCAUAUCUUUUUGUAAUUAAGACGAAGAAAGAUCUACAACAACAAAAGUUUUUUUUUUAGGAUUGCUUUUUUUUCAAUGUUGUGGCAUUUAACACUUUUGGAUAUUGCCAAGUCUGCUGUGUCACUCUCAGUUCAAGGGCUUUUUUCAAUAUAUGUAAAUGGAGUAAAAAUGCAUGUCCAACAUUCCUGAAAAAAAUCUGUAUCUUAAGGGUUUGAAUGUAAUUUAAUGGAGUGAAAACCACAAUAUCUCUUUUAAUACAUGAACUGAACAGUGGAACUUAUUUCAGACUGCCGUGCUUCGUGCGCAGAGAGUUUGUAUUUUCUUCACAUUUCUUUCUUUACGUUCAGAGUGGUCUCAAGGAUUUCACAUUCAUGUGUCCUAAUGAAGUGAGACCCAGUCCAAAUGUAGCAGUUUUUGUUAAAGCAUUGUCUGUGUCAUCUUUGGGACUGCUCUGUGUCGACUGCACAGUUUUCAAACAGCGCAGGACAUGAGGUGAUGGAGGGAACAGAGGGACGGGGGAUGUUUGUUUCUUUUUCUAGUGCAAUAUGCUGUACAUAAGAGCUUGGCUCUCGAAAUCUUACAAGUUCUCUUAAUUUCUUCUGUUGUUAAAUGGGUACAUUGCUGUUUUUUUUUCAUUAAAACUUUAUGGACAAU